UUAUUAAUUCAAGAAAAACCCACGUUCCCCUUUUUUAUAUCAACCACUUUUCCUCCUGCAUUUUAUUCUUUUCAAAUUUCAAUUUAAUCCCUGAAUAAAACAUACAUACAUACAUAUAUAUAAUAUAUAUAUAUAUAAAGUGUAAUUGAAGUGGCAGUGGAUCAUGAAUUGACGAGAAGAAAAUUAAAGAAGAUGAGGAGAAACUGCAACCUGGAGCUUCGUCUUCUGACGCCAUGUGUUUAUUCGCCUUCCUCCAUAGCGGAAGAAAAGCAGCAGCAGCAGCAGCAGAAGACUAGUAGCGUUUUCUACAAUGGACGGAUGGAUGUGUUCGAUGCUACUGAGCUUCAGGUGAUGGGUGGUGGCGCAGGCUCGGGCGAUUCUGUGGCUGGCGAGCGGCAGCGGCGGAGAAGGGAAGUCCGGCGGGCGGAGUCCGGUGUACAGCCCGACGUGGGCGGCGUCGCUGAAGAGCUUCCUUGAGAAAAGAAAGAGUAGGGCUCAAGCAACCUCUCCUUAUCAUCAUCAUCAAUAAUUAAUUAUUUACUUUUUGCUGAAUUAUUAUUUUUAAUAUAAAACAUCUUUAAAUUUUGAAAUUACUAAUAUUGGGCUUGGUUAAAUUGUUGAACUUAAUUAAUCAAUAUUGUCCUGAUAUUCCAUAAUCUUAACUGAAUAUUGGUUAAAUGUGCUGUCAAUUUAAAGAUUUUGU